GGAAGCCCGGGUGGGGACGAUGGGAAAACCGAAGCGGGGAAACUGAAACGGGUGUUGGGGCACAAUGGCGACGGGGCCUGGUGUUUCUAUGCAGAGCGGGAGCCCCGCGAGAGACCUUUCUGUCUCGGUUCAGCAAGGAGGGAAUCAGACCCACGGCGACCGGAUCAAAUCCGAGGACGUGACGGAGUCAGAGAAGCAGAGUCGGGUGGCAUCUUUACUGGAGAAGCUUCAUGCCAAACACAACGCUACACGGCCAUGGCAGGAGACCUGCAAGGUUGUGCGUCAGGCCAUGGAGAAACGCGGUGUGAUGAAUGCUGCAGGUCACCAGCUCCUGCUCACCUGCUUGGAGACCCUGCAGAGAGCGCUGAAAGUUUCAUCUCUGCCGUCGAUGACAGAUCGUUUAGAAUCCAUCGCUCGGCAAAACCUGCUUGGCUCUCACCUCAGCCCAUCGGGGACAGAGUGUUACAUCACAUCAGAUAUGUUUUAUGUGGAGGUGCAGUUGGACACCAAUGGCCAGCUAGUGGAUGUCAAGGUGGCUCAUCAGGGAGAAAACCCUACGAGUUGUCCUGAGCUGAUUCAGCAUCUAAGGGAGAAGAACUUUGAAGAGUUCUCCAAACAUCUUAAAGGACUCGUUGAACUAUACAAGCUCCCUGGGGACAAUAAACUGAAAACCAAGAUGUAUUUAGCACUGCAGUCUUUGGAGCUUGAUCUCACUAAGAUGAUGCACAUGUUUAGGUUAGCUACCAAUGCUACUGCAGUGGAGACUAUUCUUCAUGGCAAUGUUGGCUUGCUAACAGCCAGGAGUGGUGGCCAUCUUGUUUCUCUUCAGUGUUACUUGUCCCCUUAUGACAUAUUUGAGGAGGGUCCGAGCACAGAGCUCAAUUUACCAGACAGCAAUGUUCCACGCUCUCUGGGUGUCAGUGUUUCUGUGACAAUUGAGGGAACCUCAGCUGUCUACAUGCUUCCAAUCGCCCCACUCAUCACUGGAUCCCACCCAGUGGAUAACAAGGGGAUGCCUUCCUUUUCCACUGUGACCAACUCCAACUGUGUGGACUUGCCUGCUUGUUUUUUCCUCAAGAUGAACCGCCCCAUGCCUUUCUCACUGUCCUUCAUUCAGAGGCUUGGAAAUGCUACUUUAAUCCCAGUGUUUGAGAGCUCCCCCAGCCUCUCACCUCUCUACCAGUUAAUUGUCCAGAGCCAACGCCAGCUCCUGGAGGAGAGCAGCUCCAUGCCACCGCCCUCACACAACAUGCACUUCUACUCUAUGUUGCCAGAUCAGCAGCACUGUUACUUCCUGAAUGGUGACGCCCCGGUGCAAGACGGUCGUUCUCUUCAAGGAGCACUGGUGUCCAAGAUCCCCUUCAGCCACCCAGCACAAGUAGCACUCUUGUUGGAUAUCAUCCGACACCAGGCAGCCUAUAACACCUUGGUUGGCAGCUGUGUGAAACAAACUUCCAUCAAAGAAGACAGUGCAGGCCUGCUGCAGUUUGAAGUGUGUCCUCUUACCGACUCAAGUUUCAGCGUCUCAUUCCAGCAUCCAGUCAAUGAGUCAUAGUUUUCCUGUGUCCUCCUUCCUCUAGUGGUGAUGGAGGUGAUUGACUCCAGACAAGUAUCCUGCAAACUGUAAGGACUGUCGGAUGCUCUGAUCUGCACUGAUGAAUUUAUCACCAAAGUGGUCCAGAGAUGCAUGUCCAUCCCUGUAACCAUGGGGCGGGCCAUUCGGAGGAAAGCAGAGACCAUCCAGGCAGACACUCCAGCCCUCUCAUUGAUUGCACAAACUGUCGAGAUCAUGGUGAAGAAUAACCUGCCACCCUCCGGUAGUCCCACCUACAACAUGGCAGCAGGUGAAGGAACUAACCCCAUGGGACUGCCUGGGCUCGCAGGGGGCAACACACCCACUGAAACAGACCCUGUGGGACCUAAUUUUGGAGGUCCAAUUAAUACUCUUUUUGGGGUUCCCGGGACAGAUAGGCAAGCCCAAGGAGGAGAGUGCCUUACCCAAGGAGGGGUGGCUGGUCAGCAACAGUCGCAGCAACAACAACAGCCUGGUCAGGGCCAUUUAGAUGACUUCAACAAAGUCACACAGAAUCCCAUAUUGACAAGUCUAUUACAGAUAACUGGAAGUGUGGGCUCUAGCCCCAGCUCCCAGAAUGCACCACCACCGCACCAAACUCCACCCACAACAUCCUCUCCUGCCAGCAACACCAAGAAUCAUCCUAUGUUGAUGAACUUGUUGAAAGACAACCCCACACAAGAUUUUGCUGCUCUGUAUGGUUCUAGUCCAUUAGAGAGGCAGAAUUCUUCAUCCGGUUCCCCACGGACUGAAAGCAUGGGAGGAACCUGCCCUGGAGGUAGCGCAAAAGGGAAGAAGAAGCGCCCACGGGGGACAGAAAAGGGUGGCGUGAUGCCUGGAACUGCCGCAGGUGGUGGGAGUGGCGGUUUAGGCAUGAAAUCACAACAGGAUCUUCGAUGCCGCAGGCAUCACCAGCACCAGCACGUCUCGCAUGAGGAUGACUUCCACCGCGAGCUCCUCUCUAUGGAUGUGGACGCAUCUCAAAAUUCUAUCUUUGAUGUUAACCUGACCGGUGAUGGCCUAGAUACGCCCCACAGCAUCACUCCGGCACAUAGCCAAUGUGGAACUUCCCCUCUGGUCCCAGGUAUGCCUUAUUCACAGUCUCAUGUCCAGUCUCAGCAACAGCAACCACCAGGUCCUGUACCGCCUCGUAUGGUCCGCCUCUCUAGUUCUGAUAGCAUUGGGCAUGAUAUCACAGAAAUCUUGUCAGAUUUGCCCGAGCAGACAGGCAAAGGCAGCAGUGGGAGCCACGGGCAGCACCCAAUGGGCAAUGGUGGGGAGGACGGAGGCCCCCUAGGUACCCCCAUCCGUGACUCCUCCAGCUCAGGUCAGGGCAGUGCAGUAUUUGACUCUGCAGACAUAUUUAACACCAACAGCAAUGAGAAUCCCUUUACUGAUGCCGCUGACCUGAUUGCUGAGGCAACUGCUGCCACACCCACCAGCGAUUCGUCUUCCACCAACUUCUUCCCAGAUGCUGCAGACUUCAACCCAGACCUCUUGACCUCAGGCCAUGGCUACUUUGAUGACAGCUCUCCAAGUGCAGAUGGAGACAUGGACCUGGUCAAGGGUUUUGGGGGAAGUAGCCAGCAGAAUACCCCAGCAGGAACACCUCAGAAUCCCACUCUACAUGGGCAGGGCACCCCAGAGCCAUCAAUUAAGGACCCUUUUGAUAUUGGGAUAGUUUUUGGAGGCAGUAGUGGUGGUGGUAAACCGCUUCUAGGGCAAGCUCCUGAUUUGGGAGACACGCAUGGCGGAGGGUCCCAGAGCCCCCUCAUUAUGGGCCUUGCAGCGGCAUGUGCUGAAUUUAAAAGUGCAGAACCCAAAAUUAAACAGCAACAGGGACUCAUGCGACCAAAAGAUGAAAAUGGGGGUAGCGGAGGGAGCAGCUCUGGGAUGGGGAUGGGGUAUGGGAGCAGUUUAACGGAAGGAAAACAGGUAAAACGUGGCAGGACCCCAUCAAGUGAGGGAAAGUCUAAAGAAAAACCCCCCAAACGCAAAAAGAUGGACCCAGAUGGGAAGUCCCCCUCACACAGCUCAGGGGGACGCCCAUACACGCCUCCUAGUGGUGGUUCAGGCUCAGGGGGAAGUAUAAGUGGAGGAGGCUCCAAGUCUCCUGGUAGUUCUGGGCGCUCGCAAACUCCUCCUGGUGGUGCCACACCUCCAAUUCCAAAAAUCACGAUUCAGAUCGCAAAAGGGACCAUAAACUGGGGGGAAACAUCAUCUCAUAGUGGAUACACCUCCAGCAGCUCAGCCACAAGCAGCACAGGUGGAGCUGGGGGAACCAGUAGCAGCAAAAGCCAUCAUUCUCACUCAUCCUCAUCUGGAAAGAUCAAGUCCAAAGAAGGAUCCACAAUGCAAGGCAACAGCUCCAAGCCAGGGACCACAGGAAUAGGAAGUGGAGGUGGGUCAUCCCAGUCUAAAGGCUCCUCUCAAGGAAUGGGUGUUGGCAAACCAGGAUCCUCCCCAAUCACCAAACAUGGGCUGUCUGGGCCUGGAGGUAGUGGAAUGGGAAGUAGUAGUAAAAUGAAGCCUCAGGGGGGUAAGCCUCCUGGAUCUCUUAUGAAUCCCAACAUAAAGCCCAACAUCUCCCCUUCUCACUCCCGAUCCAGUAGCUCUGGUGACAAAUUGUCCUCACCUAUGAAAAUGCAGCAGUCCCAGGUUCCAGGAACACCGCCCUUCUAUCCAAGGCCAAAUCGCCAAUGGGGCUCAGGAGGUGGUAGCUCUGGGGGGUCAAAGUCUUCUGGUGGAGGCAUGAGCUCCCAGAAGCCAAUGGGUGGAAGCUCUUCUGGUUCCACAUCCUCCUCGUCAUCCUCAAGCUCGUCCUCUGGUUCCAUGGCCUUCUCAGGAGGCUCUCAAUCUCAGUAUGGGGGAGGUGGGAGUGGAGGGGGGUGGAGGGGGGGGACAUGCGGUGGAAGUGGAAGUGUAGGCAGUGGUGGAGGUGGAGGAGGAGGAGGAAGCAGUGGUGGAGGGGCUGGUCAGAACAAUGCAAACAACCCCAACGCCAAAGGGAAGUCUCCCAGUCGAAACAAGAAACCCUCUCUUACGGCAGUCAUCGACAAACUGAAGAGUGUAGGUGGAGGAGGAGUGGGGGAGGAUGGUUGUGAGGUAGGGCCACCAGCAGGGGGAACUGGUUCGGGAUCUGCUCCUGGUGGAGGUGGUGGAGGUGGUGGUGGAGGUGGUCAUGGUCAUGGAAAUGUUCCCAGCAGUGGACCUUCAAACUUGGGCCCUUCCAAGCAUGGCUCGUCCUCCCAAAGUGGGGAGUAUAAGCGGGAAAAGUCUGAUAAAGAGGCAAAAGCAAAAGUGUCUGUUUCUGGUGGGAACAGUGGGGAUAAAAAGCUGAUGGACCCCAAAACAGGAAGUGGAAGUGCAACCGGCUUGGCCAAAAUCAUCAUUAGCAAACCUGAUGGUGGCUCACCAAGCAUCAAGGCCAAAGUGACCCUUCAGAAAGCAGGGGAAGGGUCUGGCGACUCCAUGCGUCCACAAAUUCCUAGUCUCAAAGCUUCCCCCCUCUUCAGUGGCUCUACGCCAAAGCACGACCGCUCCUCCCCGAGCCACAGUCGCUCGCCAGGAUACACCCCACUCAACCACGACAGCGAGAGCGAGUCAGGCAGCAGCUCAGUGGCCGAGAAGUCCCACCAGAACAGCCCCAGCUCAGACGACGACCAGACCAUUCGACCGCUUCCCCCCCAGGACUACAUGAGCGCCAUCCCCCUCAGCUCAGGGGAGAAGCACAAGAAGCACAAGAAGGAGAAGAAGAAGCAGAAGGAGAGGGAACGGGAGAGGGACAGAGACCGAGAACGGGACAGGGACAAAGAGAAGAAGAAGUCCUCUCUGUCCAUGGGGCCGUCUUCUCAUCCAAUAAAAGCAGACAGUUGGUCCCGGUCACCGAUCGCCGCUUCAGAUUCAUCUUUGUCCAUGCUGGGUUCAGAGCGUCCAUCCCGGCCCAGUCCAAUGUAUAUGAGAAAUGAAGAUGACGACCUCAUGGACUCAGCCCUUACUGGCAACCUUUAAUUAUUUUCUUCUCACGUUUUUAACGCGUGCCUUUUAACAUACAAAUUAAACUUCUAUUUAUUUAACUCGAGCCACACAUUGGAACUGGAUACAAGACUAUUGUGGCUCUCAGUGAUCAUUGUCCUGUUUAAGCUGUAUUUUAAUGUUAUAUUUGACUGUUUCAGUAUCAGUGUAUAAUAUCUGGCGAUUGGAUGCCAGUUUUAGAUGAAAGUGGUUAUUCAAAUACAGAAAUACCAACUUCCUUAAGCUUCAUUAAGGAAAUGGAUUUAGACAGUAUAUUUUCAGAGAAAUUUACUUUUUAUUUCCUGUAAUGUUUCUUUUUGCAUUCAAUGCAUUUCGCUGCGGUUCAUAAGUCAUUGUUGUUACAUACAAACGGAUUGCUACUAAAUAAGUAUGACUCCUGGUAAAAACCUAAGUAUUGUAAAGCAAGAAGGAUACAGUGUUCAGUUGCCUGGUUUUCAACUGGGAUUUUUUAGAUUUUUAUACAUUUUAAGUUAGUGGAGAUAAAAAAGACUGCAACUGAUGACUGUAGUGUUGAUGAUGAUGAUGGAGGAAAUAGAAAUGCUCGACCAUUUUUUACCUGUAAAAGUUCUGGAAGCUUAAAAUAAACAUUUCACAUCUGGA